UCAACCAAGUGUUUGUUUGCCCGGGAGCAAGCGGAAGCCAAAGUGUAGUUCUCAGGAGGCACACACAGAUAACUGUACACAUCGGCUGAGACAUAUACACACUUUGAGAUGUACAGGCACUGAAACACGCAUGCACAUAGACGAACACACACAGGACGCGCAGAUAAUCAACAUUAAAAUGAACAACGUUAGCAAAAAGUCAAUUUAAACCACGCACACCUGCCUUCACUGUCGUCCAGUAUAUCCAGUGUAAAAGGAGUUGCAGUGGGAUCAGCGUUCAAGAGACCACAGAAGAGCCCGUUCGGUGAGUCAAGGUUGUUGAAAGAUGUCCAAUACUCCAAUAUCCACCGUCUGCAGCGGAGAGCACUUUAACCCGGACACCUGUGGAUAUGUGCCAUCAAACACGGACUCACGACAACCAAGUAAAAGUGCUCAGGGAAAAGUGGUUUUAAAGAAGAAGGUGAAUCUGUUGAGAGGUAUAUCGAUUAUAAUCGGGACGAUCAUCGGCGCCGGUAUCUUCAUCUCUCCGAAGGGGAUAUUGCAGCACACCGGGACGGUGGGCAUGGCCCUAGUAAUGUGGACUGCGUGCGGUAUCUUGUCGCUGUUCGGAGCACUGUCAUAUGCUGAACUUGGAACAAGUAUAAAUAAAUCGGGUGCCCAUUACACGUACAUCCUGGAAGCGUUUGGUCCACUGCCUGCUUUUGUUAGAGUCUGGGUGGAACUGAUCAUCAUACGACCUGCCGCCACUGCUGUUAUAUCCUUGGCUUUUGGACAGUACAUAUUGCAGCCAUUAUUUAUGCCAUGUGGAGUCCCAGAACUUGCAGUCAAGAUCACCACCACCAUUGGAAUCACUGUGAUAAUGUACAUUAACAGCAUAAGUGUCAGCUGGACUGCGCGGCUACAGAUCUUUCUGACAUUCUGCAAACUUGCUGCCAUUUUAAUAAUCGUCAUCCCUGGAAUGAUGCAGUUAUUCAAAGGGGAAACACAACAUUUUUCUCAACCCUUUCAACAAAAAGAAGUUAGUCUUAUGGGACUUCCCCUCGCUUUUUAUUCUGGAAUGUAUGCGUAUGCAGGAUGGUUUUACAUGAAUUUUGUCACAGAAGAAGUAGAAAAUCCUGAAAAAAAUAUACCUCUUGCUAUCUGCAUUUCAAUGAUGGUUGUCACAGUUGGCUAUGUAUUAACGAAUGUAGCCUAUUUUACCGUAAUGAGUCCCGAAGAGCUUUUGGCCUCUGAAGCAGUAGCUGUGACCUUUGCAGAGCAUCUGAUGGGCAAAUUUUCUGUGGCAGUGCCAAUUUUUGUGGCUCUUUCCUGCUUUGGCUCGAUGAAUGGAGGUGUCUUUGCAGUUGCCAGAAUGUUUUUUGUUGCUUCACGAGAAGGUCACCUUCCAGAAAUUCUGUCCAUGAUCCAUGUUCGUAAACACACACCUGUUCCCGCUGUUAUUGUGUUGUAUCCUCUGACGGUCUUCAUGUUGUUUAUAAGUGAUAUCUACAGUCUGUUAAACUUUCUGAGCUUUGCUCGAUGGCUCUUCAUUGGGCUGGCAGUGGCUGGUCUGAUCUACAUGCGGCACAAGCGUCCUGACAUGCCACGCCCAUUUAAGGUGCCUCUGUUCAUCCCAGUUUUCUUUGCCUUAACCUGUCUUUUCAUCGUUGCACUGUCACUCUACUCUGACCCCAUCAAUACUGGCAUUGGAUUUGCCAUCACUCUGACUGGUAUCCCUGCCUACUAUCUGUUUGUGGUGUGGGACAGCAAGCCAAAGUGGUUCAGAAGACUGAUGGGUUCAGUGACCAAGACACUCCAGAUCAUUCUGGAGGUUGUGCCAUCUGAACAACAUAAAGACUGAGUUCCCUUGGUGACAUGGGCUGCAGAGUGUUUAGAAUACGGAGACUGCAAACUUCAAAGAAAUGUCAGCCAUUUCAACAAAGCCAUUCAAACAGAAUUCUAAAUUCUUCCCAAAGUUUCAUCAAAUUAUUGGGUCAUUCUGUGGCCCCAAAAUCCUGUGCAGGACAGUCUCUUGCCAGUUGUGAACAGUUCUUUGUGCCAUUUCUCUCAGGAGUGGGUUGGGGGGUAUUGCUAAUCUUACAGCACAGUUAUGGAAAGAGACCAAAAGAACCAACCCAUUGCACCCAUCCACAAUCCCCAGCUCAUACAGUACAACAGGUACUGCGUAAUUGGUCUACUUUUCUAUAGUUAAUGCCCUUUGCCUAUAUUCAUAAUAAUGGGCUGAAAACCUGUAUUUAUUAAUAUGAUAUCCUUUUUGUAGAAGCAUAAAGUCAAAGUUUGUACAUAAAGCAGUGCAGCAAUGCUGGAAACAUGGAUGUGCUUAUUGUACUGUUAGUAAACAUGGAGACCAUGUGAUCACAUACUAUUGAUACUUCUCUGAAGGCCUCACUAAGACAUGCAUAGCUGUGUCUCAGAAACUGAUUAUAUUUAUGAUGAGCUGCUGGAAUUUACUGUGAUUAUCAGAAUCUAUUUUUUAAGAUUUGUCUUAAGGAAACUUUAAAAUUCCUAUAUUUCAUAUUUCAGCUCAAUUUGCUUUCUGUGGGGACAUCAGUUAUUUCAGAAGAAAUUGCACUUUCUGGCCCUGAAGUUCUGGCAUUACCAGUCCCCAGUGAUAUUUAAGGCAGGAAACACACAGGAGCCCAAACGGAAAUGGGCAAACGAUUGGAAACAGGCAUUUGUACCAUUUUCCUGGGAGUUCCUCCAGCUUCCCACUAGAAAAGUCCUCUCAGAAAUGCAGGACAUAUUUGUUUCCUUGUUAAGCGCACAAAUUGCCAUUAGAACUUUCUGGCCUUCAAACUGCACUGUGAGUCACAGUUGUACAAGCAAUGAUGGGUCCACUGGAAAGACCUGCCUUUGCUGCUUGAGUGAAACUGAUCCUCUACGGUAGCAGAUGGUGUGACUCCAAACAGUGGCCUGCUUUACACUCUGUUCAGAUUUACUUCUGUCGACUUCAAAAACUUUAACCAAAUGGACUAAGUGUUUUAAUCGUAUUAUCUCUUAAUAUAAUUUCAAGGCUGUGACGUAUAAUUUGUUUCUCCAGAUUUUUAAGAAUAAAGGGAGUUCUACUCCCGAUGUCUCGGCUCUGACCCAGUUCCUUCCCCUCUCUUCCCCCAAACAUUUAUACUUUACUAAUAGCCCAGCUACAGUCUUGUUCUAUCCUUUGGCUUCCCACUGGUUGUCCUAGGCAGUGUGUUCUCCUGAAUCUUCUUUCACUCUCUUUUUGCAAACUGUCAUGUCAUCUUAUGCUUGCUAGGAAAAAAAUACAAAACUAACCUCAGUAAGGGCUGAUAACUAGGUAACAGAAUGCAGUAGGAAUUUGGGGAUGGUAGUGCGAGGUGCUAAGAAGUAGGUAGCAAUUGCUUCACUAAUUGUAGUGAGAAAAUAGACAAGUAUUGCAAUUGAAUAUAUUCAUGCCUUUUUAUAAAAUAAGGUAGGCCAGGAAUAUUACCAUUCAGAGAUAAGUGAUACACUAAUAGACAACUUGUGAAACAUAGAAAGCAGAUAAGUGAGGAAAAAUUAACAUGGCUUUGAAUGAAACAAAAAUUGUCAACAUCAAAAUGAGUAUUUGGCAAACGAUAAGGCAUUCUGCUGCUAGGACUGGACUUUUUUUUAGUAUCACAUGACUACAAGUUUUCUUUGAAAAAUUAACACUGUUGGUGAUCUUUUUGUCAAAAGUGGAUUAUUAUUGUAUUGGAUAAAACUUCUUUAUUACAUUUAGCUGUUUAUAUAAAGUUGUACCUAAUGUUGUACAAAAUCACAGAAAUAUCAUAGAGCACCACAAUAAUUACAAAGACAAUUGAGGAAGGUUUUAAUUUAAAUUAUGGUGAGGUACAUGAGAACAACCUCAGGAAUUAUAUUGAAGAGAUGCAGCUUGCCUGAUGUUUUAUUUUCAAUUCAUGGUGAAGAGAUUGCACCAAAUGUUUUUUGCAAUCAAAAUAUAUAACUUAUUUUCCAUCUUUUGUAAAAACUUUAACAGGAAUUUCUGAUCAGAGCAGUAAGAAGAUUAUUUUACACAAAUGCAAAUAUUGAUUUGUUUUGAAUAAAGGGUACAACAAUGUAUUUACAGAUGUUUCCUCACUUCUGUCAUGUGUUAUAGAAAAAUACUGCAAUGAUUUCCCAAAGACGGGGAGAGGAGAAUGGGAUGAAUUAAAUAAACUAAUUAAUUCAAGU